CCAACUCUUCCGAAACUUCAAGUACAGCAUCGUCAAAGGCAUCGUCCUAGACUUAAGAUGGGACCCGCCAGAUGACCUCACAACUGUGUACACUUGCACGGUCAUCUGCAAACACGAUGAGACUGGACAUCAGCAUGAUUUUAAAGGCGAAGCACCUUCACAGCACAUCACCCUAUCUCUUCACAAGCCCCUGACGACCUUCGAAUGCACAAUAGCUGCGUCAACUGGUAAAGAUGGCGACGUGCCUGUUGAAGGGUCCUCAAUUGCAUUCAGCGUCAAAACUGGAGAAAUUCAUCCCCCAACGGAUGUCAAGCUUCUUCAAAGCACUCCCACAAGCCUUACAUAUUCGUGGUCUGUUGAUACUGCCCUCAGUAGCUGGCAGGUUUCAGCAGAGCCAAUAGGAGACGACAAUUGCGACCUUGAUGAUGAUACAAAAGGGCACGGAGAGAUCCAAGAUAUGACUGUCGUAUACAACAUCACAGAUCUGACACCGGGGUCUGAAUACAACGUCUCCAUUCGAAACUGUCUCGACUCUUUUUGCAGCUUGCCGACAUUUGUUACCGCAGCUACCGAUCUUCCGGGACCAGUCACAGGUCUAAAGACGACAUUUGUGAACGAUACAGUUCUGGACGCUUGCUGGGACUCUCCGGAGGGCUGCUGGGACUAUGAUGGUUAUACAGUUAAAUGCCGAGGCCCCAAUACUGGCCAAGAGGCCUCCAUUACUGUGGGCAGUGAAGCACACGCCUUAUUGCCUCUGCACACGCCAAAGGAGAAGUUCCAAUGUUCAAUACAGCCGUUCGUUCUGAACUCGGCUGGCCAGCGCAGGAACGCUGCAACACUCGAUUUCCAAGUUUCAACGGAAGGACUGUUUCCUCCGAAGGAUGUCGAAAUCGUUGAGCUCAAUGACACAAGCAUAACCUUACGGUGGUCUGUGGAUCCGGACUCGACCACGUGGAAGCUCAAUACUUACAGCAUAUUGCCGUCAGGCAUUCAGCAUUACGUCACUCAAGACAGCGGUGAAAACGGUGGUGAAACGGUUACUCACAAAGUGACAAACCUUGCUCCAUGGACGCGUUACAACUUUUCCGUUAUGAACUGUCACAGCAACUACUGCAGUGAACCUGUUGAGCUGAUUGGAGCAACGGAUGUAGCAGCCCCAUCGAAGCCGCGAAAUCUUUCUUGCGUCAUCAAAAACGACGUGGACGUUAGUUUUACGUGGGAGAGACCAGAGGAGCCCAACGGCCCUAUCGAAGGUUACAGCCUUCGCGUGUACAACCGAGACCAGGAAGAAACGAAGUUGUUCUCUGCACCAGGAAAUGCGACCAGUAUAACAUUGAACUUGACACACGAAUUCAAUCGCUUCAUCGCAUUCUUGAAAGCUUACAAUGUAGCCGAGCGGAAUGGAGAAAAAGUCUACAGCCCCGAAUCGGAAGUCGCAUUCGAGACUUUCGGCAAAGGUCCUGUGCCUCCACGCCCCAAAGCUGUGGAAGUAACUCAUCGCGGAGCCAAGCUAUCUUGGGAAUAUCCGAAAGAUCCUAGACACCACAUCGCACACUUCACCGUAAAUGUCGACGGCCAGCAGAGAGUGCUAACUACAGAGCCUCAACUGACUCUCGAGAAAUUGGUCGCAUGGAAGCCCUACAAGAUAGGUGUCGCAUCUUGCGUAAACGAGACCUAUUGUGGUCAGGAGGGCACGCUGCUGAUACAUACAGACUUCGAUGCGCCCUCCAAGCCAUUGAACCUUACUAUCGGUUCAACGGGCACCAACUGGAUUUUUGCACGGUGGGAGGAGCCGGAUGUUCUUAACGGACCACUGAGCGGCUACAAUGUGAGCUUCAAAGACGACGCUACGCAUUUCGAAGUGACCACCACGCAGUUGUCUUACAACUACACGGGCGCCAUUCCAGAGAGCACAUACGAAGUGUCCGUGUACGCAUUCAACGAGGAGAAUGGAGCUACAAAACGCGGGCCGGCAACUACCCUGCUCACUUCCCGGAAGGAAGACUCUCUGAGCAUGGCAACUCUUGCAACAACGAGAAUUCUAUUGGCCUCACUUGGAGCUGUCACGGUGGCCCUCGUAGUGGUGGCUUUCGUACUUCACAAGAAGUGCCCUAUAACAAGGGAGCCGAGUAUUGAGAAAAAUGUUCGGAGUGAAAGGAGGCGCUGGAACUUGAGUACGGACCAGCUAUAAAUGGAAGUGUCAGAGGAUGACCUUUACAAAAGCGUGCUAUAAUGAAUAAACAUCGACAUUACUUCGUGUCGAAAGAUUCAACAAUGGCAGA